AAGGAAGAUACUCCUGAUUGAAUAUAUGUAUUGAAUAAACAGUAGAAGUCCAAAUUCCAGAACACAUGCAUACCCCAUUGAGAAAUUGUUAGGUAUUUGUUAGGUCGGUCUGAUCUCCACUUGACUAUGUUUAGAAAGUAGGUGUCAAAGAUCACUAUACAAGGGAAAUGCUACUUUCCAGUUCCUCAUUUUCUUGUCCAGCACAUAGAAAGAUUUUCCCACCGAGGAAAGUUGCAGCCUGUCCAGACAACAGCAAACUUUUGCCACUGAGGAAAUUUUCGGUUGCUGCGAGUAACUAGUACUGUGAACUUACAUAUAUGGAGGAACUACAAGAAGUGAUAUCAAAGGGAGUCUCAUUUGGAAGUCAGCACAAUUUACCUUGUUAUAAGCAGUCACUGUCCUCAGACAGUUCAAAUAGCCCCAUCUCUGCCAUGGAGUUCCUAUGUAGACCAUGGAGCUCUUCUGCCUCUGGCUUCCAGCAGAUAUUCUCGUCGAGUAACUUGUUCCUUCCCUUGCAUGUCAACAAUUGGAUAAAGGAGCUUGAAGAAAGUAAUGCAGAGGAAACGUCAGAGAACAAGGUCAGCAGGGGCAGACAUAUAAACAAGAAGGUACACAGCAUACAGAUUGGCUUCAGUCAAAUGCUGUGGCUAAAAGGAAAAUCACUGAGCAACUUACUGAGAUUGCGUAGAGAGAAGAAGAAAGAGGAAGUUAGACUUCAUACAGCAAAACUACACGCAGCCCUUUCUCUCACACAGCUGGCUGCAGCUAUUGCAGGAUUUACCACCAGUGGCAUCAUAGAAGCACAGGAUAUUGAACACUCAAGGACUGGAGGUACAACCUUAGCAUGCGAUCAGAACAUGAGUGCUGUGGUUGCCUCAGCCGCAGCUUUACUGACAACUGUAUGCGCUGAGGCAGCAGAAUCACUUGGCGCAAAACAUACUCACGUCACCUCUGUGGUGAAAUCUGGGCUUGCCACCAAUUCUCCUACAGAUGUGAUCACACUCACAGCCACAGCUGCAACAUGUCUAAGAGGAGCUGCAAUGCUAAAAUCAAGAGCCAAAGCACACACAAACCUGGCAAGGAGUCAAGAGCCAAUCAAAGUUGGGGCUCAAAUAUCAAUAAUCCUGCCUUCUGGUAAGAGAGAAUUCAAAUGGGUGACUAUCUGCCUAAAGCAAAGACAGCUCAUGUUGUGCUUCAGAAUUAAAUACUUGGGAGGAGCCCUAACAGCAACAAAAGAGUAUAAAAUUGUCAAUAUUACCGAGGAAAACAGGGAGAUUACAGGUUGGUAUUCUCUCAGCUUGAAGACUGACAAAGGCAUUAUCAAGCUGCUCUUUGAAGAUGACAAGCAAUCCAUCAUCUGGAUAUCUACCAUCUCCAAUCUCUUACAGAAGCACACCUCUAGGUGAGAUAUGAAGCCACAAGAGUUGCAACUCUUACUCUCAAUGUUUUCUGUCAUUUUCUGAACUUAAUAGUCGUAAAAUUGUAAGUACGCAAGAAAGGCCCUGCAACAUUGUGUAUUGCGAAUGUAACAAAUGGCUGCCGAAAAGUCACUUGCCGACAAUCAUGUAAAAAUAUAAGAAUCAAGGUAAUGCUCAUACCUUCCUCCCAAACCUGCUACUGAAGUUUCCACUCUACCCUACACUAGCAUCCAUUCAUAAGCAGAGUGAGAGAGAGAGAGA